AUGUCGCUCGAAUACGAGAAGGACCCAGGAUGGCAAUUCCUGAAGAGAAGUCGAGAGCAGCAGCUCACGGUACGUUUCCAACUUUUUGUUCUUUUUUUUUAAACACUUUUCGUUCGUUCUGUAACUUGCCCAUUCACAAUGAUUGGACUAAUUUCUGAACUUCUCUUUUACUCAAAGUAAAACAAUCCCAGCUGACUAGAACUAAGUUAACCAUUUUUCGAUGUUCUCGUUUAUUUUCCAUUUCCAUUGUAGGAUCAAUCCCGUCCGUACGACUCGAAGAAGAACGUGUGGAUUCCGGAUGCGGAAGACGGAUACCUUGAGGGAGAGAUCAAGGGUCCCGGACCGAAGGCCGACACCCUCAUCGUCACUGCCGGGGGAAAGGACGUGACUCUGAAGAAGGACCUCGUCCAGGAAAUGAACCCUCCAAAGUUCGAGAAGACCGAGGACAUGUCCAACCUGACUUUCCUCAACGACGCCUCCGUCCUCUACAAUCUGCGUGCUCGUUACGCCGCCAUGCUCAUCUACGUAAGUGAAAAACAGACAAGGCGGUCGGAAAAGAGACUGCUUGUUGAAUAGACAAACAGAGUGCGCCCGCCCACGCAAAAAGUGGCAAAACGUUAUCAUUGAGUGUUGAAUCUCGAGUGGAUCCACCGCGAGAGACAGUGCGCAACGCCCGCAAAAAAAGAGAACAAGCAGGAAGAGGGAAAGAAGGAAACGGCUGAAAUUACAGACAUACUCCGGACUCUUCUGUGUCGUCAUCAACCCGUACAAGCGUCUUCCGAUUUACACCGACUCGGUGGCGCGCAUGUUCAUGGGCAAGCGUCGUACUGAGAUGCCGCCGCAUUUGUUCGCCGUCUCUGACCAGGCCUACCGUAACAUGCUUCAGGACCACGAGAACCAGUCUAUGCUUAUUACCGGAGAAUCCGGAGCCGGAAAGACUGAGAACACCAAGAAGGUUAUCUGCUACUUCGCCACCGUCGGAGCCUCACAGAAGGCGGCUCUAAAGGAGGGAGAGAAGGAGGUCACCCUUGAGGACCAGAUUGUCCAGACCAACCCUGUGUUGGAGGCUUUCGGUAAGUGAAAAAGAGCAUGAAUUGGGAUUUGUGAUAGUAGAUAUUAUGUCUUGGAAGGAGAUGACGGAUCAUCUUUAUUGACCGCUUUCUUGCUUUCUUGCACUUCUCUUGCACAUAUUUCACAAAUUCUAACGUUUCGGCUCAGAUGCCAUCUUCAGAGGUGUAAUCAAAGUAGAUAUUAUCUUACAGGUAAUGCCAAGACCGUCCGUAACAACAACUCUUCCCGUUUCGGAAAGUUCAUCCGUAUCCACUUCAACAAGUACGGAACCCUCGCCUCUUGCGAUAUCGAGCACUGUGAGUUGAAUUAUUAUUCGGACGGCAUCGAUCAUCGUCGUUUUCAGAUCUUCUCGAGAAGUCUCGUGUCAUCCGUCAGGCUCCAGGAGAGCGUUGCUACCACAUCUUCUACCAAAUCUUCUCGGACUUCAAACCAAAACUCCGCGAGGAGCUUCUUCUCAACAAGCCGAUUUCGGAGUACUGGUUUGUUGCUCAGGCCGAACUUCUCAUUGAUGGUGAGCACCUCCUGUGUUCCUGCCGGCUCUUUAAUGUUUGCGUAUUCAGGACUCAAUGAUGCUGAGGAGUUCCAACUGACCGACGAGGCGUUCGACAUUCUCAAAUUCUCGCCCACCGAGAAGAUGGAUUGCUACAGACUCAUGUCUGGUCACAUGCACAUGGGUAACAUGAAGUUCAAGCAACGCCCACGCGAGGAGCAGGCCGAGCCGGACGGUCAAGAUGACGCCACGAGGGCUUGUGCCAUGUUCGGAGUCGAUACCGAUCAGUUCCUGAAGGCGUUGGUCUCGCCAAGAGUGAAGGUCGGAACCGAAUGGGUCUCCAAGGGACAGAACGUCGAGCAGGUCAACUGGGCCAUCGGAGCCAUGGCAAAAGGACUCUACGCCCGCGUCUUCAACUGGCUCGUCAAGAAGUGUAACCUGACUCUUGACCAGAAGGGAAUCGACCGUGACUACUUCAUCGGAGUGCUUGAUAUUGCCGGAUUCGAGAUCUUCGACUUCAACUCCUUCGAGCAGCUUUGGAUCAACUUUGUGAACGAGAAGCUUCAGCAGUUCUUCAACCACCACAUGUUCGUUCUCGAGCAAGAAGAGUACGCCCGCGAGGGUAUCCAAUGGACUUUCAUCGAUUUCGGACUCGAUCUCCAGGCUUGUAUCGAGCUGAUUGAGAAGCCGCUCGGAAUCAUCUCGAUGCUCGACGAAGAGUGCAUCGUCCCGAAGGCCACUGACCUGACCCUUGCCCAGAAGCUCAUAGACCAACAUCUCGGCAAGCACCCGAACUUCGAGAAGCCGAAGCCGCCAAAGGGAAAGCAGGGAGAGGCUCACUUCGCCAUGCGGCACUACGCCGGAACUGUCCGAUAUAACGUGCUGAACUGGCUCGAGAAGAACAAGGACCCCCUCAACGACACGGUCGUCACUGUCAUGAAAGCGUCGAAGAAGAAUGACCUUCUCGUCGAGAUCUGGCAAGACUACACCACUCAGGAGGAGGCCGCCGCUGCAGCAAAGACAGGAGGAGGACGCAAGGGAGGAAAGUCCGGAUCGUUCAUGACCGUCUCCAUGAUGUACAGAGAGUCGCUCAACAAGCUGAUGACUAUGCUCCACAAGACUCACCCGCACUUCAUCCGUUGCAUUAUUCCCAACGAGAAGAAGGCUUGCGGAGUCAUUGACGCCUCUCUUGUGCUCAACCAACUGACCUGUAACGGAGUGUUGGAAGGAAUCAGAAUUUGCCGUAAGGGAUUCCCGAACAGAACCCUUCACCCAGACUUUGUCCACCGUUACGCCAUUCUCGCCGCCAAGGAGGCCAAGUCGUCUGACGACCCGAAGACCUGCGCCGGAUCUAUCCUUCAGGCGCUUAUCAACCAGAAGAAACUGAACGACGAACAGUUCAGAAUUGGACACACCAAGGUCUUCUUCAAGGCCGGAGUCGUCGCCCACAUUGAAGACUUGAGAGACGAGAAGCUCAACCAGAUCAUCACUGGAUUCCAGUCAGCCCUCAGAUGGUACCAAGCUGCCGCUGAUGCCGGAGCUAGACGCAAGCAGCUCAACUCCUACAUCAUCCUUCAGCGCAAUAUCCGUUCGUGGUGCGUACUCCGUACCUGGGAUUGGUUCUUGUUGUUCGGAAAGCUCCGCCCACAACUCAAAUGCGGAAAGAUGGCCGAGGAGAUGGCCAAGAUGGCCGAAGAGCAGAAGGUUCUCGAAAGCGAAGCCAAGAAGGCCGAGGCUGCCAGGAAGACCCAGGAAGAGGCUUACACCAAGCUGUCUGCCGAGAGAGCUAAGCUCUUGGAGGCUCUCGAGCUCACCCAGGGAGGAUCGGCCGCCAUCGAGGAGAAGCUGACUCGCCUGAACAACGCCCGCCAGGAGGUUGAGAAGGGACUCAACGAUGCCAAUGACCGUCUGUCGGAGCACGAGGAGAAGAACGCCGAUCUCGAGAAGCAACGCAGAAAGGCGCAGCAGGAGGUUGAGAACCUUAAGAAGUCGAUCGAAUCUGUCGAUGGAAACCUGAACAAGUCUCUGGAAGAGAAGGCCGCCAAGGAGAACCAGAUCAGAUCGCUCCAGGACGAGAUGAACUCUCAAGACGAGACCAUCGGAAAGAUCAACAAGGAGAAGAAGCUUCUCGAGGAGAACAACCGCCAACUCGUCGACGAUCUUCAGGCUGAGGAGGCCAAGCAGGCCCAGGCCAACCGACUCCGCACCAAGCUCGAGCAGACUUUGGACGAGAUGGAAGAGGCCGUCGAGAGAGAGAAGAGAAUCAGAGCCGAGACUGAGAAGUCGAAGAGAAAGGUGGAGGGAGAACUCAAGGGAGCUCAGGAAUCAAUCGAUGAGCUCACCGCCAUCAAGCUCGAGGCUGACGCUUCCCUCAAGAAGAAGGAGGCUGACAUCCACGCCAUCGGAGUCAGAAUCGAGGACGAACAGGCUCUCGCCAACAGACUGAUCCGUCAAUCCAAGGAAAACGCCCAGAGAAUCAUCGAAAUCGAGGAUGAGCUUGAGCACGAGAGACAAUCCCGCUCCAAGGCCGACCGCGCUCGUGCUGAGCUCCAGCGUGAGCUUGAUGAGCUCAACGAGAGACUUGACGAACAGAACAAGCAGCUCGAGAUCCAACAGGAGAACAACAAGAAGAAGGACUCUGAAAUCAUAAAAUUCCGCAGAGAUCUCGACGAGAAGAACAUGGCCAACGAAGAUCAGAUGGCGUUGAUCCGCAGAAAGAACAACGACCAAAUCGCCGACCUCACCAACACUUUGGAUGCUCUACAGAAGUCGAAGGCCAAGAUCGAGAAGGAGAAGGGAGUUCUUCAGAAGGAACUCGACGACAUCAACGCCCAGGUCGACCAAGAAACCAAGUCUCGCGUUGAGCAGGAGCGUCUUGCCAAGCAAUACGAAAUCCAGGUCUCUGAACUUCAACAGAAGGUCGACGAGCAGACGAGACAGAUCACCGAGUUCACCUCCACGAAGGGAAGACUCUCGAACGACAACUCUGAUCUUGCUCGUCAAGUCGAAGAGCUUGAGAUACACUUGGCAACCAUCAACCGUGCCAAGACCGCCUUCUCUUCCCAACUUGUCGAGGCUAAGAAGGCCGCCGAGGACGAGCUCCACGAGCGUCAGGAGUUCCACGCUGCCUGCAAGAACUUGGAGCACGAACUCGACCAGUGCCACGAGCUUCUUGAGGAACAGAUCAACGGAAAAGACGAUAUCCAACGCCAACUUUCGCGCAUCAACUCGGAAAUCUCGCAAUGGAAGGCUCGUUACGAGGGAGAAGGACUCGUUGGAUCCGAGGAGCUUGAGGAGCUCAAGAGAAAGCAGAUGAACAGAGUGAUGGACCUCCAGGAGGCUCUUUCCGCAGCCCAGAACAAGGUGAUCUCUCUGGAGAAGGCCAAGGGCAAGCUGCUCGCCGAGACUGAGGAUGCUCGUUCCGACGUUGACCGUCAUCUGACCGUGAUUGCAUCCCUCGAGAAGAAGCAGCGUGCCUUCGACAAGAUCGUCGACGACUGGAAGAGAAAGGUCGACGACAUCCAGAAGGAGAUCGAUGCGACCACUCGCGACAGCCGCAACACCUCGACCGAAGUGUUCAAGCUCCGUUCGUCGAUGGACAACCUCAGCGAGCAGAUCGAGACUUUGAGACGCGAGAACAAAGGAUUCUCCCAGGAGAUCCGCGACAUUAACGAGCAGAUCAGUCAAGGAGGACGUUCCUACCAGGACAUCCACAAGUUGGUCCGUCGUCUCGAACAAGAAAAGGACGAGCUGCAGCACGCUCUCGAUGAGGCCGAAGCUGCCCUCGAGGCCGAAGAAAGCAAGGUGCUCCGUCUCCAGAUCGAGGUCCAGCAGAUCCGUUCGGAGAUAGAGAAGAGAAUUCAAGAGAAGGAGGAGGAGUUCGAGAACACCCGCAAGAACCACCAACGCGCCCUAGAAUCCAUCCAGGCUUCCCUUGAGACCGAGGCUAAGAGCAAGGCCGAACUCGCUAGAGCCAAGAAGAAGCUUGAAACCGACAUCAACCAGCUGGAGAUUGCUCUUGAUCACGCCAACAAGGCCAACGUUGACGCCCAGAAGAACUUGAAGAAGCUGUUCGACCAGGUCAAGGAACUGCAGGGACAAGUGGACGACGAGCAACGCAGACGCGAGGAGAUCCGUGAGAACUACCUGGCCGCCGAGAAGAGACUCGCCGUCGCCCUCUCCGAAAGCGAAGACCUCGCUCAUCGCAUCGACGCCUCCGAGAAGCACAAGAAGCAGCUGGAGAUCGAGCAGGCUGAGCUCAAGUCCAACAACACCGAACUCAUCGGGAACAACGCCGCGCUUUCUGCCAUGAAGAGAAAGGUCGAGAACGAGGUUCAGAUCGCCAGAGUGAGUUCACAUGACUUCGUUUCUAGUCUGAAAAUUGUGAUUUGCAGAACGAAUUAGACGAGUACUUGAACGAACUGAAGGCUUCGGAAGAGCGUGCCCGCAAGGCCGCCGCCGAUGCCGACCGUCUGGCCGAGGAGGUCCGUCAGGAGCAAGAGCAUGCCACGCACGUCGACAGACAGCGCAAGGCUCUCGAGCUCAACGCCAAAGAACUGCAGGCUAAGAUUGAUGACGCUGAACGGGCCAUGAUCCAAUGUGAGUGAUCUGAAAGUUCUGGGAGCCAAAAGGAAUAUCUGUUUCAGUCGGUGCCAAGGCUCUUGCCAAGGUCGAGGAUCGUGUCCGCAGCUUAGACGCCGAGUUGCACUCGGAGCAACGAAGACACCAAGAGGCCGUGAAGGGCUUCACGAAGCAGGAGAGACGCGCCCGCGAGCUUCAAUUCCAGGUCGAGGAAGACAAGAAGGCGUUCGAUAGACUCCAAGAGAACGUCGAGAAGCUGCAGCAGAAGAUCCGCGUCCAGAAGAGACAAAUCGAAGAGGCAGUGAGUAGCUGAGAACUUUGGAACUUAAAUGAGAAAUGAGUGUUCAGGAGGAGGUCGCCACCCAGAAUCUGUCCAAAUUCCGACAGAUCCAACUCGCUCUCGAGAAUGCCGAAGAGCGUGCCGAGGUCGCCGAAAACUCGCUUGUCCGCAUGCGCGGUCAGGUUGUCCGUUCGGCCACCGCCAAGUAA